AUGUUUCAGAGGUUCAAAAGCGCCAUCGAUCGGACAAUCGCCGAAGAACAAGCCCGCUCUCAAACAGCUGCGCAAUCCAGGUCCCCCUCGAGAACCCGCUCAACAUCGUCGCGAAAGGGCGAUGGCACACCAGCUCAGCGCGCAAAGGCUAGGAAACAGGCUGCCGAUGCUGGCGACGCACCGAACCCAGAUCCUGCCGUAUUCGAGGCUGCUUUUGUGAUUGACGACGAGAGUGAGCCGAGCCGAGCUACUACCCCAAUGCCUCCUACUGCAAAAGACGAUUCCAAGACCGACAAUGGUGACACUCAGAACAACGGAUCGGAUGAAAAGAAUGCAGAUGGUUCCAAGGACGAGGCCAAUUCGGGCAAGAAUCAGGAUGGUGGAGAUGGCGCUUCAGCGGCCAAGUCAGAGGCGACCAAGUCUCAAGAGUUGAGCCCUGAGAUCCGCCAGAAGCUGCGCAAACUGGAGAAGCUCGAGGCGACGUAUCCCGAAUUACUUCGAUCUUACCGUGUUGCCCAUAGGCGAGCGACAGCGAUCGAACCAUUCGAAAAGGCCCUCCGAGAAAACACCCCCUUGACUUCCAUCAGCGACCCCGAAGCUCUUGUCGAGUAUCUCAACCAACUGAACCUCCGAAGCGACAUGGUGAUGCAGGAGCUGAAGAAGGUUUCGACAGAUAAGGAAGAGUUACAGAAAAAGCACAACGAAACCAAAGAAAGGGCCAAGAAAUUGGAGGAGGAGCUUGCGGCACUCAAGUCAGGAGACUCUACCCAGCCAAAGACCGACGAAUCUGAAGCUACCAAGGACGAUAAGCACGAAGAUACUCCCCCUGAUAUCCCCGAAAAGUCCAAGUCUCCUGUUUCCUCUGUCAUCGGGAUGUUCUCGCCCAAACAUAAGCCGCAAAAGUCUCUAUCAGAGGUUACUGAAUCCAUUACUGAAUCUAAGGCCAAAAGCGAGGAGUUCUUCUCUUAUGACGAUGAAAUUCCUCACCUUCAAGCUGACCUCACGUCAAAGUCUGAGGAAAUUGAUAAGCUCAAGUCCGAGGUCGAGAGUCUCCAGAAGGAACUUACCACCGUUAAGGAGAACAGCGCUGGUCUGGUUGAGAACCUGGAGAAUGCGACUCGGGAGCUCAGCGAGUCUCGCGAUGCUGCCGCCGCCAAGGAGUCCCUACAGACCCAGCUUGAUGAGCGCAACAAGGAGAUUGAGUCUCUGAACCAACGAUUGGAAGAGGCGCAAAAGCAACUCAAGCAGCUGGAAGAAGACAAGAGCACGCACACAGCCAAAGUUGAUGAGUUGGAGGUUUCACUUGCUUCAUCAGACAAACGUGCAAGCGAAUUGGACGCCGAGUUGGCCAAGGCUUCGAACGCAAAGAACAUCUCCAAGAAGCUGAUCGAUGACCUCAACAAUCAGAUCGAGCUCCUGAAGAAGGAGAAGACUGAGAGCCAGACCAAGAUUGACGAUCUGACCAAGAAACUAGAGUCAAAGCCUGCUCCCGUUGCACCCACACCCGCUGCAACUCCAGCGCCUACGGCCUCACAACCUGUUGCGGCUGCGGGCGGUGGAAAUAAGAAGAAGAACAAGAAGAAGAAGGGCAAGGGUGGCGCCGGUGGUGCUGCAGCUCCAGCUGUAGAGGCCGCUGUGGAGACUCCUGAGCCAGCAACUCCCGCUGAGCCCGAGGGCAAUGCUGAGCUUGAGGCUGAGAUCGCGAAGCUAAAGGAGGAGGUUGCUGAGAAGGAUACGCAGAUCGAACGUUUGAGCAAGAGGCGCAAGACUGAGGAGGACCUGCGCGAGGAAAUUGAGUCACUCCAAGAGAACCUGCUCACAAUUGGUCAGGAUCAUGUUGAGGCCAAGGAGAAGAUUAAGGAGCUCGAGGCGGAGAAGUUGGAACUCAAGACACAGAUUGCUGAUCUUGAGAAGAAGAUUGACUCAUCUGCUUCAGAUGCCGAAGUCAGCACCAAGCUGCAAAGCGAGAUGGAGUCCUUGAAGACAGAAUACGACGAGCUCAAGGAAAAGACGACCACCCUGCAAGCAGACCUGGGCGCUGCUCAGCAACUGGCUCAAAACCGAUUCAAGGAUCUUACAGACCUACGUGAGGUGCUACAAAAGGCGCAGCCUGAGUUGAAGAGCCUGCGCCAGGAGUCUGCUACGCUAAAGACUACGAAGGAGGAGCUCGCAGCCAAGACCAAGGAGCUAAAGGAUAUGGAGAAGCGUGAGAAGGAUCUCAAGCGAGAUGUGGAGCGCGUCCAGAAGUUAGCCUCAGACCGCGAGACUGAGAUUAAGGGUCUACUUGAGAAAUUGGCCACCGAGACAAACGCCAAACUUCGUCUCGAGGAUGCCCAACGGGUAUCUGGACGAGACCUUCGCCGAUCUGAAGCUGAGAAGGUUGAGAUUAGUGCAAAGGCUGAGAAGACGGAGGCAGAGCUCAAGACAGUACAGGAGGAGCUCAGCAAGCUGCGACCCAAGGUGAAGGAGCUUGAAGAGCAGAUGCACAAAUUGAAGCGGGAGAAGACAGCAGCGCAAGAGGAGGCUGAGUUCAAGACGCAGCAGUACAGUAAUGCCCAGGGUCUGUUGAGUAGUAUGCGAGACCAGACGGCGGAGAUGUCUGUGCAGCUGAAGGAGUCCAAGUCGCAGGCUGAGUCACUGGAGGAGGAGCUUGCUGAGGUUCAGCGACUACUUCAGGAGCGUACGCGCGAGGGCGAGACGAUGCGACGAUUGUUGGCUGAUGUCGAUGAGCGUGCCGAUAACAAGGUUCGAGAGAUGAGAGCGCGAAUGGAGGCAGCUGUUGAGGAGCGAGAUCGAAUUGAAGAUGAGUCGAGUACCCUUGCGCGACGCAAGACACGAGAGACGGAAGACCUGAAGCUGAAGUUGAAGGACCUGGAGCGUGAGGUCAAGACUUUGACACAUGAACGGGAUGAGCUUGAGCAGCGCGAGAAGGAGUGGCGCCGACGACGAGAAGAGCUUGAGUCGGUGGAAGAGAAGGCCGAGGCUGAGGCGGACGAACUCCGAACAACAGCAUCACAGCUGCGAACAGCUCUCGAUGCAUCAGAGAAGCAAGUCCGUGAUGUUGAGAAGCAGCGAGCCGAGUUACGACGAAUGUUGGAGGAGGCAAGGCAACGAUACGAGAAGGUAUCCAAGGAUCUCAAGUCGGUGCAGACCAGGCUUGUGGCCAACUCAAGCCGCAGCUCGUUCGAUUCGGUGCGAAGCGGAAGCAAUGGCUCGCCGGCCGCUGGCGGAACUCCAGAUACGGUCUAUCUCAAGACAAUUCUACUGCAGUUCCUGGAGCAGAAGGACACCAAGCUAAGAGCUCAGCUUGUGCCGGUGCUGGGCAAGCUAUUGCGCUUUGACAAGACGGACGAGCAAAAGUGGCAGAAGGCAGUGCAGCAUAUCGAGGUUAAAUAG